CGGCUCGGCUCGGCUCCUGGCCGGCGGGCCGGCGCCGAUGGCGGCCAGCGGGCCGUGAGGGAGGGAACGAUCCCGCGGCCGCCGGCGUCCAUGUCAACGUCCUCUUCCAUGUCGGUGCCCAUGUCGGUGUCUGGGGCGGAGCCGGGCCGGGACUCAGCGGAGCCCGCGAUCUCCGGGCCUGGAGCGCGGGGAACCGCCGGCGCCCCCGCCGUCUUCGUACUGUUGGAAGAGCGGCGGCCCGGAGGGCCCUCCGGAAGCAGCAGCGGCGGCGGCGGCGGCGGCGGCAGCGGCAGCAGCUCGGGUUCGCUGCUCAGCCUGAACUCCCUGCUCCCUGAGUCCGGGAUUGUGGCCGACAUUGAGCUGGAGAACGCCUUAUCCCUGACCCCAGAUAGCUUCUAUGAGCUGAAGAGUCAGCCCCUCCAUUCCAGCCUCCCUUCCCAGGCAGCCCCAGCAGCCUCCUCACAGCCUCCAGCUUCAUCGUCUUUAGUCAUGUCUUCCCGAAUCCUCCUUCGCCAGCAGCUAAUGAGGGCCCAAGCGCAAGAGCAAGAGCAGCGGGAGCGGCGGGAGCGGGCGGCCUCCACCACUUUCCCUAGUGGGCCAGCCCCUCCAGCAUCCCCAGCCAUCUCGGUGGUAGUUGGGGCUAGCCCGGGCGGCCCUUCUGGUGGGGUGGGGCUUACCCGGCCGGCCUCUGCUCAGGUGCCAGUGGAGGUGCUGAAGGUCCAGACACACCUAGAGAACCCUACCCGCUACCACCUGCAGCAGGCCCGGCGCCAGCAGGUCAAACAGUACCUGUCGACUACACUUGGCCCCAAGCUGGCUUCUCAGGCCCUGACACCGCCACCUGCGGAGGGCACUUCAGCUGAGAGGUCCCAGCCAGCUGCAGGAAGUGCCCCCAAUAGCCCCAUGGCCCUUCUAAACAUCGGCUCCAGUUCAGAAAAGGAGAUUGAUGAUGUGAUUGAUGAGAUCAUCAGCUUGGAGUCCAGUUACAAUGAUGAGAUGCUUGGCUACCUGCCUGGAGGCCCUGGGGGACUGCAGCUUCCAAGCACACUGCCCGUUUCUGGGAACCUGCUGGAUGUUUACAGUGGCCCCAGUGCCGUGACCCCAGCUGUCCCUGUCAGCAACUCCUGCCCUGCUGAGCUGACCAGUAUCAAGCAGGAGAUCUCUGAGAACGAGGCCAAGGCCCUUCUAAAGGAACGGCAGAAGAAGGACAAUCAUAAUCUUAUUGAACGGCGGAGACGGUUUAACAUCAAUGACCGGAUCAAGGAGCUGGGCACCCUGAUCCCCAAGUCCAGUGACCCGGAAAUUCGAUUGAACAAGGGAACCAUACUGAAGGCCUCAGUGGACUAUAUCCGAAAACUCCAGAAGGAGCAGCAGAGAGCCAAGGACUUGGAGAACCGCCAGCGGGUGCUGGAGCAAGCCAACCGAAGCCUGCAGCUCAGGGUCCAGGAGCUGGAACUCCAAGCCCAGAUCCACGGCCUGCCCUUGUCCCCUGCCCCCAAGGCUGAGCCAGCUGAGUGCAGUGGCCCACCCCCCCUGCCACCCCCGCCGGAAGCUCUCCUAGAUCUGCACUUUCCCGGGGAUCCCCUGGGGGAGCUGGGCGAAGAUCCCUUCCAGCUCGGCCUGGAGGACAUUCUGAUGGAGGAGGAGGAGGCAGCGGGAGCCCUGGGCCCGAGCCCUGCGGCGGGGCUGUCCCCUCUUCGGGCCGCCACUGACCCCUUGCUCUCCUCCGUCUCCCCGGCUCAGUCCAAGGGGAGCAGCAGCCGUCGGAGCAGUUUCAGCAUGGAGGAGGAAUCCUGAUGAAGCCCCGCCUCCCGGGAGCCCCCUGGCGCGGACGCAUUCAUUCCUUCCCACUUUCCCCUCCCGUUGGUGAGGGAGAGGGGGCGGGGCCUGGACGGAAGAAGGGGUGCUUCCUCCCUCCUCCCCCCCUCCCCUGGCCCCGCAGCUA